UAUGAUGCUUUGUUUAGUGCAUGGAGUCUAUUGUGGCUGUCCAUGAUCCACACGGGAGAGGGGCUGCAAAUGGCUUGAGCAUGUCUGGCACCUGCCACUUCAAACUAACUCACUCGCGCUUGCCAAUCAACAACAACACGGCAGUGUAGUGUUUGAAUGUACCAGUGCAUGAACUUGGCUGCUUUGUCUCAAAUGAAUGAAACAUUAAGUAGUUUUCACCUUUCAAAACGCCAACAGAAGACUGUUACUCCAUGGAAUGGGUUGUGAACAUAAGCCUCCAUUUGUUACUAAUGUGCAUCAUUGGUGUAUUCAUAUGGAUAUUCCCCAUCAGAAAAAAGAAAGCGGAAUUGACAUGGAGUUAAAUCAGCAAAUGAUAUUUUAGCGAGCUAAAACACUGGUACAAAGCCUGAAAGCGUUCUUGUUUAAGAGGCUCAAACAGGUGAUUUCGCUUUUCAUGAAAUCGGCAUGAGUGUUUCCCGGCAGAAAUACUGCCAGCAUUGCCUCCCUUCCACAUUAAGUCUCUGCAGAUAUAAGGAUCACCUUUGCUGUUGUUGCAGGCUGCGGGGUAUUGUUAUGAACCGGGGGCGUCAUGUAUGUGCCGCUGCAGGCAUUUCUAAGAUUUGCUUUUCUCCCAUCACAACACCAUCGCCCCCUCCACAUGCUUCAACCUGUAGCCUAGCUGCAUCUCAGCAUGUGUCUGCUGGUCACUCAGGCGAGGGAGGUAACUCCUGCAUCCUCACGCCUUGUCCCCCUCUCCCACUCCCACCGCUGCGUUGCUGCAGGGCCGGAGUUUGGGCUGAUAUAUGGCUGACAGGAGGGAGCUGCUUUAAUAAACGUGGAGGCUGACUUUUGACCGGACACUCCUGCUGGCUCUGUGCACAAGCCUUACACGUGCCAGAGCAAAAGGCUCGUCACAGGCACAUCUGCCUGUACCUGAAUCCCUGAGUGCCUGAAGGCUUUCUCUCCUUGUUGCCCGCCGUGGCCCCACCCUAUCUGAACCCUGCAGGUUCCAUCUCCAUCCAGCAUGACGGUUGCCACCAGCGACACAGUGGACGAAGCAGCAGUACAACCGGGUCAGCCUCAUGACCAGUACGAGCCAGAGCCAGAUCAUGAGUGUUGCGAAAGGGUCGUCAUCAACAUCUCAGGCUUGCGCUUUGAGACGCAGCUUAAAACUCUCUCUCAGUUUCCAGAGACUCUGCUUGGGGAUCCCAAGAAAAGGAUGAGAUAUUUUGAUCCUCUCCGGAAUGAAUACUUUUUUGACCGGAAUCGACCCAGUUUUGAUGCUAUUCUGUAUUAUUACCAAUCAGGAGGGAGGCUGCGGCGGCCUGUUAAUGUGACACUGGACAUUUUUUCAGAGGAGAUCCGGUUUUAUGAAUUGGGUGAGGAGGCUAUGGAAAUCUUCAGGGAGGAUGAAGGCUUUAUAAAAGAAGAGGAGCGGCCCCUGCCAGAGAAUGAGUUUCAGAGACAAGUGUGGCUGCUGUUUGAGUAUCCAGAGAGCUCAGGUCCUGCUCGCAUCAUCGCCAUCAUCUCUGUCAUGGUGAUUCUCAUCUCUAUUGUCAGCUUCUGCUUAGAGACACUGCCAGUGUUUCAUAAUGAUGAAGAGGAGCUAUAUAAUUAUCAAUCCCACUCUAUGUCCAAUACAACCUCCACCUAUGUAGGCUCAAAUUAUUUUACAGAUCCUUUCUUCAUUGUUGAGACACUCUGCAUCAUCUGGUUCUCCUUUGAGUUCCUGGUGAGAUUUUUCGCCUGCCCGAGCAAAGCUGGAUUUUUUGGCAACAUCAUGAACAUCAUUGAUAUUGUGGCGAUCAUCCCUUACUUCAUCACCCUGGGCACAGAGCUCGCAGAGAAGCCUGAGGACAGAGAGGCAGGGCAGCAGGCUAUGUCCUGAGCCAUUCUUCGUGUCAUUCGUCUGGUGAGGGUGUUUCGUAUCUUCAAACUUUCACGCCACUCCAAGGGGUUGCAGAUCUUGGGACAGACUCUUAAGGCCAGUAUGCGUGAGCUAGGCCUCCUCAUCUUCUUCCUGUUUAUCGGCGUGAUCCUCUUCUCAAGUGCCGUCUAUUUCGCGGAAGCAGACGAGCCACAAUCCCAGUUCAGCAGCAUUCCUGAGGCCUUCUGGUGGGCUGUGGUUUCGAUGACCACCGUGGGCUAUGGAGAUAUGGUCCCAACAACCAUUGGAGGAAAGAUUGUAGGGUCUCUCUGCGCCAUCGCUGGCGUGCUAACUAUUGCCCUGCCUGUUCCUGUCAUCGUCUCCAACUUUAACUACUUCUACCACAGAGAGACGGAGGGGGAAGAACAGGCACAGUAUCUGAAUAUCCCAAGUGUGCCUAAAGUCAGCUCAGCUGAAGAUUUGAAGAAGAGCGGUCGGAGCGGCAGUGGAUCCACUCUCAGUAAGUCAGACUAUGUGGAGAUCCAGGAGGCAGUGAACCACAGCACUGAGGACUUCAGACCAGAGGCCAUGAAAACAGGAAACUGCACCCUGGCCAACACUAACUAUGUAAACAUCACUAAGAUGCGUACAGAUGUAUAAUGUAAGCUGCUGUAGAUGGUGUAUUUCAGUUGGAGUCUACAGGGACUGUAACAGAUGGAUGAAGGUAUGACUCCGUGUAUUAACCAGCCUUUGGCGCCCAUUACAGGAGUCCAGAGCAGAAGGGUGAGGUUAACUUUGACGCAGAGGACAUUAUGUUCCUCAACAUUCCAUAGAUCUGCCACUCGUCUUAUUUAGGACUUUGUCAGUGUCUGCAUGGAGAUAGUCUUACCAGUGUGCCAGUAGUUGUCCUGCUCGCAACAGUAGCCAAGAAGUAGCCUAAGAAGUAAUAAUCAAUAUCAAUAACAUAAGGGAACACUUGCUCAGACUGCCGUGGGGAAAAGAUGCAUGUUAAAAUAAUAUUUAGAUAUGUGUUAGAUGUAACUUAAUAUAUUAACUUCUGAUUAAUAGCAGACCACACUAUCAGCAUUCCUGAGAAACUGAAACCAACUGCUCUAACUGCCAAGGUCCUGACUCAGAGAGAAACCAAAUCACUGAUAUCAAAAACUGAAUUAACACCAGAAAGUGAGAGAGCAGUACUGAAAUGUUUUUGGCAAAAAGGCUAUUUUUCAUAGAAAAAGCCUGAGGGCACGAGCAAUCCCCUUGGCCCUAACUAGAUAUUAUCAGCUCUGUAGACACCAACAGAUAAAUGACGGGGCUGGGCUGUUAUUCUGGACCACAGCAGCACAGCACCUUCUUUUUUCCUGCCAUUUUUCCUCAAUGACAUCUGAGUGAAUUUACAAUAUGUGUACUCCCAACAUGUUUCUGCCUAUUGGUGUUGCCAGCCUUUGCUAGAAGGAAUGUUUCUCUGAACAGAGUGAAUGUCUGCUUUAUAUUUGCUGUGUGUUCAUUAUUUUAGCGAUGCAAUGAUUGUGUGCUUCUAGAUUUUUUCUGGUUAUGAUAAGACACAGAGUUAAAGUUUCUCUGUAGUGAUCUUAGUGAGUGCCUAUUUCUCCAUUAGUCUCUAAACUACACCUCUAAGUGUCUAUUCAGCCAUCGCCCAGGUCCAGUGUUAUAAUGUACAAAGAGAAAUGUUGCUGUUCUUGACUUCAUAGCAUUCCAUGUUUGUAGAAACAAAAACAGUGAGAGCAAGGAGUGUGAGUUUUGUUUUUUUUGAUCCAGCAAAAAAAUUGAAAUAGUUGAAGGCAGUAGUUUUAUGAUUAAAUUAUGACAAGGUUUCAUAAUUUAAAAUCUUCAAUUGUUUAUUAUAAAGGCCCAAAGCUUGGUGAUCAAUUUAAACUAUUUUCUUUCAUGUAUAGCCAGUUUUGUUGCAAAAAAAGGGAGUUUUACAUUAUUAAUGGCAGGUUUAAAUAUGCUAUGUAUAACCAGGGGCGUGACCAGACUCUUUAGACUGGGGUGGCAAAUGGGGUGUAUACACACACAUGAAUAAAUAGCACUCAUUUACCCUUUCUACCACAUAAAUCUUCAAGGCUAUUCUUUUAGGACUCAAAAACAAGACAGUCCCAAGUGAAAAUAUAAUUACUAUAUAAGGUCAAAAAUACACUGAUCGGCCACAUUUCAGCAACAUUACAUCUCGAUGUAUUUUUUGACUGUUAGCAGGAGUUAGCUUGCAAUUUUUUUGCACUAAUUCCUCUACCACACAUCUGUCUUAUAAAAUAGAUGUGUAAAGAAUAGUUCUACAAUUGAUAGAACCAACAAAAGGAAAUGUACAUUCACUGAAAGCAAAGACAGCUACCAGCAGACUACUGCAACACAGCACAAAUAGAUUGUAUUAACAAGAAGUCCCACCUGUGACUAAGCAAAAAGUCAAUCAUAGUUCGGGAUUUUUGAGUGACACUUGGGGGUGGCCAAUCGGAUUUCAACAGGGGUCGGUGCCACCCCUGGCUAUUCUUUAAUGCACGCCCCUGUGUAUGAGCAUAAUCUCAGUCUUUCUCAUAUAUUCCUUGCCUUCAACAGAUGUUCAAAAUUAGUCAACUUAGCCUGCCUCUCCAAUAUACCUUUUUUCACUGUUAAUUUUACAGCACCAAGAGUUUUUAUCUCCAUUAUCAGACCAAGAGGACAAUUGUGGAGCCACUGGACACACUUUUUCUUGUUUUGUCAAGAGAUUACUUUUAUUUCAGUAUUUAUUUCUAAUCUUUUUGUACUUUUGAAGUUCAAAAAUCUUUCAAUUGGCACAUAUUACUCCCGUAAUGUAGGACCUCGGCUAUGUGUCCUUUACAAGCAAUUUAUCCAACAGAUACUAUUCUGCUUUCAUAGUGCUGCAUGUCCUUAGGUGUAUUAUUGUAGCAUGUAAAAGUAUGAAUAAUACUUACAGUGCGAAUUGACAUAAAUAUACUCCUUUAUCUUUAGAGGUACUAACACUGUUUGCAGUAUACUGUAGGAAACAGGUAACUUGUUUUAGAAGUAUGUAUCAGGCCUUGCAUAUGCAUCACCUCUGCCAUCGCUAUCUGAGAUAUUGUUGAGUCAUUAUCCAUGUAAGGUAUUUACACUGAGAGGGUUGUGUCCAGGAAAAGAUUUGUUUAUUGCUGAUGUAAGGAGUGAGAGAAGGCUGCAGAAAUGAGAAGAGCAAGUAAGGUGACUCCUGAGCAUGCAGAGCCAAACCUGUGAUCAACAGCUCAGAUUUUCAAUAACAUCCCUCUGCCUUCAGCUUUGAAUCUUUAGAGUCAGUUACAAUCACUACCCGGUGACUGUGUCUCACAGUGAAAGCACAACAAUAUCUGCUGCCAGUCCAGUUGAUGCGCAGGGAUUCAAAGAGACAGUCAGACUUUUUGCUCAGCCAAGUGUAUCAUGAUGCUCAGAGGAACUGUCUGAGUGCCCUUAUCUCUGUAUAGGUCCAUCACACUGUGUGUACUGUCAUCUGUGGACAUUAACUGUAUGGGUGUUAGUAAGAGAGAAACAGAAACAGAGCUUUUAUGUAUACUGUACACACAAGUUGAGAUAUGAUACGAAUGCAGGCUAAAACAGUGCUCCUCUUGACUACAAGCCAGACCAUCUAUGCUGCUCAAUAUUUUCAGUAUCAAACUAUGAAAACUAAAAGGACUGAGGAUGUACUGACCUGCUAGAAAAGCUGCAGUAACUGCCAGGGAUAGGUACCAGGAACCGGGGAAAAAAAGGUUGGGAGACAAAUAUGAUCAUGAAGAUAAAACUGCCCACGCCCUCCUUCGCUAUGUGCUCUGAUGUGUACUUGUACUUUUCUAAACAGUUCUCUUGUACUGGAACACCUAUGUGACUUUAUGUGUCUUGAAAGCUUCUUCUGUACUGCCGUCUUUUCCUCUCUUGUUACCAAGCACAUUAUUGAAGUGACACACUGUCAGGAUAAAAAACCCUCUCCUGGAAAAAAACCAACAGGUCUGCAUAUCAGGACAAUGUGAACCAAGGAAAACACAUAAUUGCUGUAUUUAAAUACCACAGACAAGAGGACAUUUAACACACACACACGCUGGACAUUGGUGCACAUACAGCCAGUGUACACACACUGCCUGGACAUACACCUUUGUGGCCACAUCUGCUGUCAGGACAGGAGAUGACAGGGCAGACUUUUUUUUAUGUUCUAAUCAUCUCCACGGACACAAAGUGAACUGACCUAAAGCCACUGCUGACGGUGAAAACACGUAGCCAUGUAAACAAUGUAUCUAAGAGUUACAGCUGCUUUAAAUGAUGUCUUAAAAGCUUCAGCUUUAAAAUGAGUCUCUGCCAUGUACAAAUUCCUGUGUAGUGGGGAAUCAAAGUGUAUGCUUGCUGAAUUCAUCAAAGAACCUUAGGUUGUAUAGCCUGUAAAUGAUGUCUUAAGUUUAUUAUGCUCCAGGACUAAGGAUGUAAAUGUAAAUUAUAUUAUCAAAGAGGAAAUAUGAUUUCUAUGAGAACUUUAAUGUAACUGUGUCACCUGACACUGUAUGUAUACUGAACUGUUGUUUGUUUUUUUCACUCUGUUUUUCUAUUUGAAUGUUAUUCCCGGCUCCACUUUGAGCCAAUCACAGUACAGGAGCUGAGGUUUGAUUGAAAUACACAUGCAGGCCUUGUUAAUGGAUUAUUAUUCACUCAUUUACCUCCAAACUUCUUCUGCAAUUUUCCAGUGUGUGUAGAUAAUAAUCAGCUUCUUCACUGUACUGUGUUCUUUACUUAUGAUAGUCAGCUGUCUAUAUGAAGCCUUUGUUUUUUUACCAUGUAAAGGAAAAAGACUCACCCAAGAGGCGGACUGUCUAUUGUUCCACACAAAAAGAAAUAUGGAUCCUAACACUCGCCAUGCCCUUUCUGAGGACCAAUGUAUAAACAGAUUAUAAUAGAAUAUCUAUAGAGAGAUGUGUUCAUCUUAAAAAUGUAAAUUAUAAAGCUAUUAUGAACAAUAAUCUUGAUUAUAAUGUCAAUAAUAAUAUGUUUAUGAUAA